CAGCCUUUCUUCAGGCUCCUGAACCUGCGCAAGCUGGGCCUGAGCGACAAUGAGAUCCAGAGGCUUCCCCCCGAGGUGGCCAACUUCAUGCAGCUGGUGGAGCUGGACAUCUCCCGCAAUGACAUUCCAGAAAUUCCUGAAAGCAUCAAAUUCUGCAAAUCCCUGGAAAUCGCAGACUUCAGUGGGAAUCCUCUCUCCAGGCUUCCUGAGGGCUUCACCCAGCUCCGGAGCUUGGGCCACUUGGCCUUGAAUGAUGUGUCCCUGCAGAGCCUCCCCACUGACAUUGGGAAUUUGGCAAACCUGGUGACUUUGGAGCUACGUGAGAACCUGCUAAAGACUCUCCCCACUUCACUCUCCUUCCUUGUCAAGUUAGAGCAGUUGGAUCUCGGUGGCAAUGACCUGGAAGUACUGCCGGACACUCUGGGCGCGCUCCCAAACCUGCGCGAGCUUUGGCUGGACCGGAACCAGCUCUCGGCCCUGCCUCCGGAGCUGGGCAACCUCCGCCGACUGGUCUGUCUGGAUGUGUCGGAGAACAAGCUGGAGCAGCUGCCCAACGAGGUCAGUGGGCUGGUGGCACUGACGGACUUGCUGCUGUCACAGAACCUGCUGGAAUGCAUUCCGGAUGGGAUCGGUCAGCUGAAGCAGCUCUCCAUCCUCAAGGUGGACCAGAACCGGCUGACAGACGUGACAGAGUCAAUUGGGGACUGUGAAAAUCUGUCAGAGCUCAUCUUGACCGAGAACAUGCUGACGGCCUUGCCCAAGUCCCUGGGCAAACUGGCCAAGCUGACGAACCUGAACGUGGACCGGAACCGUCUGACGGCGCUGCCGGCGGAGAUCGGGGGCUGUGCCAACCUCAACGUGCUGUCCCUGCGGGACAACCGCCUGGCACUGCUGCCCCCCGAGCUGGCCAACACCACCGAGCUCCACGUCCUGGACGUGGCUGGGAACAGGCUGCAGAACCUGCCCUUUGCUUUGACAAAUCUUAAUCUGAAAGCCCUGUGGCUGGCAGAAAACCAGUCCCAGCCCAUGCUGAAAUUCCAAACCGAAGAUGAUGAAAAGACAGGAGAAAAGGUUCUCACUUGCUACCUUCUCCCUCAGCAGCCCUCUCCCAGCCUGGAGAACCUCCUGCAGAACAGUGUGGACGAGAGCUGGACGGACACCAACUUAAACAGAGUCAGUGUCAUCCAGUUCCUGGACGAACCCAAAGGAGAUGAUGAUGAGGAGUCUGGAGCUGAGAGACGGGGCCUGCAACGCCGAGCCACCCCUCACCCCAGCGAGCUGAAGGUGAUGAAGAAGGUGAUCGAAGUUCGGCGUAACGAGGUGAACGCCGCAAAGGCCGAUGCUGACCUCAACUCUCCUAACUCAGAAGAGAAGAGGCUGAGUGCCACGUCGAACCGCAGUGAGGACUCCCACGUGUCCACCAGCACUGCCUCUGCAGACUGCAGGGCAGAGGAGGGGGACCGGGGCUGGCCCAACGGGCAGGUGCCCAACGUGCGGGAGCUGGAGAAGGAGGCAAAGCCCAGAGCAGAAGAGGAGCAUAAGGAAGCUGCUGGCCAGGAGGAGGAAGAUGUGGAAGUGGAAUACAAUGAGCCCACUGUACACUUUGCUGAGGACACACUGAUACGGAGUGAGGAUGAGGAUGAAGAUGAAGAGCGACCAUUCCCAGUGGAGAAGCAGAGGCUUAUCCGCAAGGACACGCCCCAUUAUAAGAAACACUUCAAGAUCACUAAACUGCCCAAGCCAGAGGCAGUGGUGGCACUUCUGCAGGGGCUGAACAGCGACGGGGUCCCUAAAGAGGAAGAGGAGUUGGGAGGCUGCAAUAACAACACAGAGCCCGAGGAACAGGAGGAAGCAUGGGAUGAGGAUGACAGAAAGAAUGGAGCUUUGUCUGCUCAGCCGUCCGUGAAGGGGGUGUCGUUUGAUCAAGCCAAUAAUCUGCUGAUUGAACCUGCUCGCAUUGAGGAGGAAGAGCUGACACUGACCAUCGUGCGGCAGACGGGGGGGCUGGGCAUCAGCAUCGCGGGGGGCAAGGGCUCCACCCCCUAUAAGGGGGACGAUGAGGGCAUCUUUAUUUCCCGUGUGUCCGAAGAGGGUCCUGCGGCUCGCGCAGGGGUCCGUGUUGGGGACAAGCUUCUGGAGGUGAACGGCGUGUCCCUGCACUGUGCCGAGCAUCACGUGGCCGUGGAAGCGCUGCGAGGGUCGGGAAGCUCCGUGUCCAUGACGGUGCUGCGGGAGCGGAUGGUGGAGCCGGAGAACGCCAUCACCGUCACCCCACUGCGCCCCGAGGAUGACUACAGCCCCCGGGAGCGGCGCGGGGGGCUGCGCUUCCCUGAGCGCCCCGAGGGAGCCCCUGCCACCGAGAGAUAUUCCACCUGCCUCAUGCGCAACGAGAAGGGCCUGGGCUUCAGCAUCGCCGGCGGCAAGGGCUCCACUCCCUACCGGGCUGGGGACACGGGGAUCUUCAUCUCCCGGAUCGCAGAGGGUGGUGCAGCCCACCGGGACGGAAUCCUGCACAUCGGAGACCGGGUCAUCUCGAUCAAUGGGGUAGACAUGACAGAAGCCAGGCAUGAUCAGGCCGUAGCGCUGCUUACCGCGGCCUCCCCCACCAUCGUGCUGCUGGUAGAGAGAGAGGGCUCGGAGCAGCCCGGCGAGGGAGCCUCGCCCGGCGCGCCCCGCGUGCGCAUGCACUCCCCCCCGCCGCCCCCCGGCCCCGGGGACAGCCCGCCCCAGGAGACGCCCGCGCCGCAGAGGAACCACCUCUCCAAAGGGCUGGAGGACCAGUACCCCAUCGAGGAGAUUCAUCUGGUGAAAGCGGGUGGUCCCCUGGGCCUCAGCAUCGUCGGAGGCAGUGACCAUUCCAGCCAUCCCUUUGGGAUUCAUGAGCCAGGGGUCUUCAUCUCCAAGGUCAUUCCCCGGGGGCUGGCGUCGCGCAGCGGGCUCCGCGUCGGGGACAGGAUCCUGGAGGUGAACGGCAUCGACCUGCGCCACGCCACCCACCAGGAAGCGGUGAACGCGCUGCUCUCCAACGCCCAGGAGCUCACCAUGCUGGUCCGGAGGGACCCGCCCCCGCCUGGCAUGCAGGAAAUAUGCAUUGAAAAGGCUCCAGGAGAGAAGCUGGGCAUCAGCAUCCGGGGUGGAGCCAAGGGCCAUGCUGGCAAUCCGUUUGAUCCCACCGAUGAAGGCAUCUUCAUUUCCAAGGUGAGCUCCUCCGGGGCUGCAGCCCGGGAUGGCCGCCUGAAGGUGGGGAUGCGGAUCCUGGAGGUGAAUCACCAGAGCCUGCUGGGAAUGACGCACACGGAAGCGGUGCAGAUCCUCCGAGGGGUGGGCGACGCGCUCCUCGUGCUGGUGUGUGACGGCUUCGACCCCAAGGCUGCAGCUGCCAUCGAGAUGUCCCCAGGAAUCAUUGCAAACCCUUUUGCUGCUGGCAUUGGGCGCAAGAACAGCCUAGAGAGCAUCUCCUCCAUUGACCGGGAUUUGAGCCCUGAGGAACUGGAGAUCCUGCAGAAGGAGAUGGAAAUGGUGAGAGAAGCAACUCAGUGGGAGAGAGAAGAAAUGGAGAAAGUGGAGCGGAUGCGUAGGGAGCGGGAGGCAGCCACGCAGCAGCUUGAGGAGGAGGUGGAGAGCAUCCCCAGUGAACCCCUGCGCCUGGACUACCGGACCCUGGCAGCGCUGCCCAGCAGUGGCCUGCAGAGAGGCAACCGUGCUGCUCCUGUGGGCGAGUCUGGGACAGGAAAUUCCAGGCGUGAAACCCCCUAUUCUCCCAGUAAUCCACAGGCUUCCAUUAACUUCAUUACGUCGCAAGAUGACAGUAAAUCACAGACCAAGCCCGGCGUCAUUCAGCCUCUGUCCCGCGUGCGACAAAGUGCUGCCUCACACACUGCGGAGGAGGGGGACAGCCCCAACCCCUUCCAGCAGCCCGAGCCAUGCUUCAGGAUCCACAACUCUCAAAAACCACCGUCGCCACCCUCCCCUGACGAGGUCCCCAUCAAUGUCAAGCAGGCCUACAAGACCUUCGCAGCAGUGCCCCUGUCCCACCCGCUGCUCGGGACACAGGAAUUGUCUGGUCAGAGCAGCACAGAGAACACCAAAAUGGCCUCGGAGGAGGCCGUGCACAGGCCCGGGGGACAGCACAGCCCCGAGCAAAGGUCCUUCCGUGAGAGGCAGAAGUAUUUUGAGAUCGAAGUGAAGCAGCAGCACCUGGACAAGCCUCCCAAGCGUGUGUCCUUGGUGGGGGAGGACGACCUGAAGAAAAUGAAGGAGGAAGAAGCCCGCAAGCUGCAGCAGCAGCGAGCCCUUCUGUUGGAGGAGGAGGCCGAGGAGGAGGAAGAGGAGGUGAGGCAGGUGCCCGAGGCCGUGCAGUCCAGUGUCAUCAUCGAGGGUGUCGAGUACAAGGUCGAGAGGCUGAAUGGAAGGGGCAUCCAGGCUCCAGCAGCUCGGCCCUCGGAGCUCAGUGAGAACAGCAACUUGCAGAGGAAUUCUCUGGAAGAGGGGAUUAAACCUGAGCAGAGAACCAACUCCAUGUCAGGGCUGAGCCCGUCGUUCCCGGGGGAUCCCGGCGCUCCGGUGCGGACGGCCAAGGCCGAGCGGCGGCACCAGGAGCGGCUGCGGAUGCAGAGCCCGGAGCUGCUGAGCGGGCAGGAGAAGGAGAAGGAGCUGUCUCCAGCGGAGCGCCGGGCGCUGGAGGCUGAGAAACGGGCCAUGUGGAGGGCAGCACGAUCCUCAGCUCUUGAAGACAGUAUUAAACAGUACGAGCAGGAUCUGGCCAGGAAGCUGUACCAGUCCCGGCAGUGGGCAUCUGCUCCUGGGGCCAGGCCAGCUCAGAUGUCUAGCCCAGUGCAGAGUCACGCCUCAAGAAUCCCUGGGUCAGGAGGCCAAUCCAGGAUGAAAUCACUGGAACAGGACGCUCUUAAAGCCCAAAUGGUUAUUGCCAAGUCCAAGGAGGGGAAGAAACGCAGCACACUGGAGCAGCUGGCAGAGUCACCGUCGCCCGCUCCGACGCCGUCCCCAACGCCGCUGGAAGAUUGCAGCCCCAGGAACGUCACUUCCCCGGGAAGGCUGUCCAUGUCUGAAAAGAAGUUUGACUACCGGGAAUUUGCUGCUAUUCCUUCCUCCAAACCUGUUUACGAAAUCCAGUCACCUGAUGCAGCUGAUGACCUCAGAUACGUCGACGACCGAAAUAAUUCAGUUCCCCGGGAGCAGGAUGGACAGCCAGAGGAAGAGGACACGUUAGGAACACGGGAUCCAUCAGCACCAACUCCCUCAGCCCUGGAGGACAUGGCCCUGUACAGCAGCAAGCGCAAGCUCCGACACAGCCGGCGCAGUUUGGAGACCGCUGUCCCCACGUAGGUGACCCGACACACCCGGGCGAUGGACAAGCCCGGCACAGCCCUUCCAAGCUUCCCGUGCUCCAGGGACAGCACCGGGCUGCCACCCUGCUGCCUCCAGACUGGAUGGGACCUGAGCACCCCGGGAGCUCUGUGGCCAACUGACUCCUCCGAGGCUGUGAACCACCCUCGUUUCUCACCCGACAGCGCACUGGGGCACGUCCCAAAAACGGGGCAACACUGGACUGACUGCUGGCAGAUGGAGAGGAGGGGUGGGCAGGACAGUGGGCAGCUCGUUAGCCUGUAAAUAUUGUGUGUGGGGAAGGGUAGGACAGGGAGAAUGUAGGAGUGUGAGAGUGUGUUGGGCUCCAGCUGUUACUGCCUCAACUUCAUUUUUGUAGUGGUUAAAAGGAGCUUUUCCUCUGGUGGGAAUCAGGAGGAAGGUCCAGCCUGCCUUUACUCCUAUUUAAUUUUCAGUUUUUUGCCAAAAAGCAUCUCCUCCCACACUUCCUGCACUGUGUCACCUCACUUCCCUUUGGGAGCGUGUGGGAAUGGGAAGCUUGGAGGCAAAAAAAAAAAGGAAACACAAAGGAAAAAAAAACCUGCAAAAUUCCAGCAAAGUGCCUCCCUCUGCCACUGACACUCUGUGCUCAAGGAACAUGCCAAAGCCUGGGCCAGCUCUGAGCCACCUGCCUCUGUCCUGGUGGGACACUGCUCCUGCUGGGACUCUGUGCAGUCCUGGGGACAGGUCCUUCCCUGGAUGGACACGUCACUGUGUGUGAGCAGCUCCACGAGCACACAAGUGUCAGAGGAGGCCAGGCUCUGUGUUCUGUAGCACUGGGACUGAACUGGUGGACUGGGGCAGGAAUGGGACGGAGCCAACAGCUGUAGCAGGGGUUUGGGGGGGUGUGACAGCAGUGGGGAGCAGGAUAGUUGGGGUAGGACACGGUGGCAGAGGUGGGAGGUGUGACAGCAGUACCUUAGUGGGUAGGAUUCAGAAACUGGGAAUGGGUAGGACGUGGUGUUGCUGGGGUCAGGUUGGGAAUUACGGGGUCUUACAGGUAGGAAAUCUGGUGGGGAGUCCACAGUGUCCAUGGCUGGCUGCGAGGUGCAGUGGGGUGUCACGGGGUGCCUGGCGUGGGGCUGGCAGGGAGCACCAGGAGCACCACGGAGCAGGAUGGGGCUGGCCUGUGCCUUGCAAUAACUACACAGUUCCACUUUGCCAGCUUGUUGGCUUCAGGCCCCUUUCCGUGGAGAACAGGGACAAUGAAUGUUUGCCCAUGCAAGAGGGAAAAAGGAAAAUGAAAAAUGAGCAGGGAUGUGAGUCCUGGGUGUGAGUUCUGGUUUCCACAUGUGGAACGAGGGCUGAGAGCAGGUUCUGUAUCACGUGAGCUCUGCAGAUGUGGAGGUCACAGCUGCUGCUCCCAGCUUUGCCAUCAACCUCUGCUGCCACUACUGAGGGGAAACAGCCCUUUUCUUUUUUUUUUUUUUCACUGCCUCUAACUGGGAGGAAGGUCCGAGGUUGGCCCGAUCCCAUUCCCCGUCCAUUGGUGCUCUCUGACUCCCCAGCAAGACCAGGGUUGGACCUUGAGCCUCACAGUGGCUGGGCAGCAACAGGCACAUCUGCUUGUACAUUUGCUGAAGGAAAGAACUGGAUGCAGUUUUUUUGUUGAGCCUCUCCCUUCAUGCCAAAAUCCAGUGGAUCAUUUUAACUGGCACCGUAUGCUUUGAUUUUACAGAUCUGUGAAGGGGGAACUCUGAUAAUCUCUCACUGCAGCCAUGGCUGCUUCCAUCAUCAGCAAUUUGAGCUUUUCCUUUUUAAAUCUAAUUUUAGCAUUUGCUUUUUAACAACAGCAGUUUUGGAAACAAUCCUGGCUGGGUUUUGGUGACUAACUUGUGAUUCUUCUCUCCUUUCCCUGUGCGGUACCUGGUGCCAGGCUCUGGGUUCUUUCCCGUUCUCUCCCAAGAGACUCCAAGGGAAAAUUAGCGCAUCAAGACUGUAACUAGUGAAAUUUGUACAACCAAAGAAAUCUAUUUUGUGGUUCAAGGAUAAUAAAGUUUACUUUACAUUUUAGA